UUGCGGUCAUAAAGUCCAUUUAAAUUGUAUUUAUUUAUAAACGUUGAUUUCGGAAGCUCGUAAAACUGCUGAUGUGUGCCGUCUUAUUGCCUUCGGUUGUGAACAGUAAAACGCACGAAUGCCACUCACGUAUUCCAGAUUCGCUAUUUUGAUAUUACUGAGCAAUAUAAUUUUCGGCAAUGGCGCACCGAAUAGCACCAGCGACUCUCCGACAGACGUUGCAAAGGCAAUAUCGGAUCCGAAACGAAGAAACGAUCUGGUCGAUGAAGCGUUUAUGGAACAGAAGGAUAUUUUAUUGGAUAUGCUGGAAGCUAAGUUAAAAGAGGUACGUGAUAAAAAGAAUAGAAGAGUUGGUCGAACAGAAAACACUGCAGUUGGGGAGUUCAAUAAAUGUGAAUUAUUGCCGGACGAUGUAGACUUAAAGUUGCAAGCCAGUGGGAUAGUAGCAGUUGGGGAAACAGAUGUGCUACUGCGAUUUGGAGAUUCCGGUAAUAAGACGUUGAAUAUGAAUGCUUCAGGAAUAUCUAAUGUUGGGAAAACUAAUCUUAAGCUAGAAAUCGGUGAUGGCACUGUCAAUAUACCCGGACUUCAAAAUUUACUCUCGGGUUCAUCAUUUCUCCGUGCUUUAUGUGAAAACCGAAAUGCAGCCGACCCAAAACUAGAACCAUCACAACCGCCAGAAUUACCCAAAAUCGUUGACAUUUCAAACGACGACCGUAGAAGUAAAGGGUCUAGUAAUAAAACUAAUUCAACUCCUACAAGUGUUAAUAGUGUUAAUAAUUCUACUUCUAUUACAAGUGACAAUAAAUCACCAACAACGGUUGUAUCUGUACAAAAUGAGAUCAGGCAAGGUGUUCCCGAAGCAAAUGUUCAAAAUGCGAUUCCAAUAUUAAAUCGAUUGUAAAAUG